UUGUAUCGAAUGAGCCAAUGAGCUGCCUAUAACAGCUGUAACGUGUUCCCGGCAGCAAGUUUUAACAUAUAUUUCUGCAAUAAUUAUUUACAAUGAAUUGUAGAAAGUAUAUUAUCUUGUUGGGUCUACUUUUGUGUUUAAACUACGUUUGCUGUCAAUAUAGAACUAAAAACACCCAAGGUUCUUCUUUGUCAGAUCGUGUACAACAAUUAACAGAAUUAGCUCUCACAAGACCUGUAAUAAAAUUCAAUGGUGCAAAAUUUAAGGAAUAUGUAAGGACUACGCCAAGAAAUUAUUCUGUUAUAGUGAUGUUUACUGCCAUGGCACCACAACGACAAUGUCAAAUAUGCAGGCAUGCAAAUGAUGAAUUUGUAAUAGUAGCAAAUUCGUUCAGAUAUUUGCAAUCUCAUUCAAAAAAAUUAUUCUUUGCAUCUGUAGACUUUGAUGAAGGAUCAGAUGUAUUCACAAUGAUGAGAUUAAAUACUGCACCAGUAUAUAUGCACUUCCCACCAAAAGGGAAACCAAAACCUGCGGAUACCAUGGACAUCCAAAGAGUAGGAUUUGGAGCAGAGGCAAUUGCAAAGUGGAUAUCUGAACGGACUGAUAUUCAAAUUAGAGUAUUCAGGCCUCCAAACUAUUCUGGUACAGUAGCAAUAAUAAUGUUACUAGUUCUUAUUGGAGGAUUCCUCUAUGUGAGACGUAAUAACUUGGAUUUCAUCUACAACAAAACAAUUUGGGGACUUGGUGCACUGUUAUUUACUCUUGCAAUGAUAUCUGGGCAAAUGUGGAAUCACAUUAGGUCACCACCAUUUAUACAUAAAUCAGCUAGUGGAAAUGUGGCUUACAUUCAUGCUUCUUCUCAGGGUCAAUUUAUUUUGGAAACAUAUAUAGUCAUGGUUUUGAAUGGAGCAGUGGUGUUAGGUAUGAUUUUAAUGACAGAAGCUGCAUCUCGCAAAGGUGAUGUAAAAAAACGGCGAAUAUUUGCUGCGAUAGGCGCGGGUUUAGUCGCCAUCUUUUUUAGUCUUUUGUUAUCCAUAUUUAGAAACAAAGCGCAAGGAUAUCCUUACAGGUAUAACAAGUCAAAAUAA